AUGCACACGACCCAGAAGGACACGACGUACACCAAGAUCUUCGUCGGGGGGCUGCCCUACCACACCACCGACGCCAGCCUGCGCAAGUACUUCGAGGUUUUCGGCGAGAUCGAGGAGGCGGUGGUCAUCACCGACCGGCAGACGGGCAAGUCGCGGGGCUACGGAUUUGUCACCAUGGCUGACCGGGCUGCUGCAGAAAGAGCCUGCAAGGAUCCCAACCCUAUAAUUGAUGGCAGGAAGGCCAAUGUGAACCUGGCAUAUUUGGGAGCAAAACCAAGGAUCAUGCAACCAGGUUUUGCCUUUGGUGUUCAGCAACUUCAUCCAGCCCUUAUACAAAGACCUUUUGGGAUACCGGCCCACUACGUGUAUCCACAGGCCUUUGUGCAGCCUGGAGUGGUCAUUCCACACGUCCAGCCGACUGCAGCCGCCGCUUCCACCACACCUUACAUUGAUUACACUGGAGCUGCGUAUGCACAAUACUCUGCCGCAGCUGCCGCCGCUGCCGCCGCCGCCGCCUAUGACCAGUACCCCUACGCAGCCUCUCCAGCUGCUGCAGGCUACGUCACCGCAGGGGGCUACGGCUACGCCGUGCAGCAGCCAAUCACCGCCGCCGCACCUGGGACAGCUGCCGCCGCCGCUGCAGCAGCUGCCGCCGCAGCAGCCUUUGGCCAGUAUCAGCCUCAGCAGCUGCAAACAGACCGAAUGCAAUAG